GGAUUUGGUAGUUCGAACGGGUUGCCAUAGCAACCCAGAAGCUAAGUGUCUCAUGGCUGGUUGUUUACAGAGCUCUUUGCUGCUUCUGUCUCGUACGGAACUCUUCAGAAAUCCUCAUUUGGACUACAAAUGGAUAUUACAAGGGGAAGCCUGGAUGAAAUUUCAAGGCCAGCAUCUAGCUCAAGAAUUAAUCAUGGAAGCAGAGUUUUAAGUGCAUCCUUAGAGAUUCUAACCCCAGAGCUUGACUCACCAAAGGGUGAUUAUUGCCUUGAGAUUUACAAUAAUCUCACAGAAGACAACACAAAAGAAAAUAAUGAUGGUAAUGGAAAAGAGUAUGGGACCAAAAAAAUGAGAACCUCAGAAGAAAUAGUGGAAAGAAAAACUAAUUGUAGUUUCCAGCUGCAGAUACAGAAUACAAAUAAAGUUAAAGAAUAUGUUGUAAGAUCAGUAGAUUCUAAAGAUGACUGUGCUGAAGACAGGCCUUCUGACUGCAGCAUUGUUCCUUGGGAUAAAUUGACUAAAUUACAAACAGGCAGUUCUACAAAGGUGGAAGAUUCUAAAGAGAGAGAAGAAGAUCCGCUCCUCCAAAAAGCAAUAAAAAAGAUGAAAAGGUUGGAUGAGAUAUUGGCAAACAAACAAUCUCAAGAAAGGGCCAUUAAAAAAAAAGGCAGAGAAAUGAGAACAAAACUGUGGGAAGAUUUUCAGUCUAUGACAUCUCAAAGCUCCUCUGUAACUACUGAAGAAGUAGAAAACACCAGCAGAUUUUUAGCUUUGACUUCAUCAUUACAAGAAACACCUGGUCCUAUCGAAGAAGAUGAAAUGUUUAUUAGUGUAUUUCACACACAGAUUCAACCAGAAAGUUAUGAGUGUGGUGGGAAAUUAACCAAGCAAGAUUGUUUAAAUGAAGACAGAACAAGAAGCUCAGUAAAAAAAAUAGAAAAUAUGUGUCCAAGAAGUGAAACAAGCUAUAAAAAACCUCCUGAUUUUAUUAAAAAGAACAUAGAGCUGGCCAAAGAUUCAGGGAACCAAAUAGUUAUGCUGGAGGAAGAGAAGAAGAGGCUGUCAGAAUUGCUGAAAGAUACUGAAGACGAGAGCAGUGAACUUCAAGUAAUUGAGGAAGAAGCAAUUGGAUGGUUGGUACCAGGUGAGGGGUACACACCUGAACCAAUGGAAUAUUACCAUCUCACAGAAAUCAAUGCUAAACUUGAAAUAGUAAUCUCUGAUGGCGAUGUGUCUGCAGUUCAGAGCUCCUGUUCAAAGGUCCACAAACAAAUUUAUCAGGAGUCUUUGGCUUAUGCAAAUAGAAAUUUGGAAACAGUUCCAGGUGAAAAGGUUUUAAGAGACACUAAAGAGGAACGUGAUCAGCAAAACCGGCUUAGAGAGAUUGAUCAACAACUGAAAAACCUGGAGGGGACUCCAGAGGGACUGCCUUGUCUCUCAGAAGAGCAGCUCAAUGCCCUUCUGGAAGAAUGCAUGCAGUCCCAAAGAACAGUAAACAGGCUUGCCCUGCCAAAAUCUCAGGGAUCUCUUUUUGAUGGAAUGAGUCCCUGUUGUGACACAUCUGGACACACCAUUCUGGACAGUAGAAAUGAACCAGCUGAUGGUGCCCACAGUGUGGGAAUGUUGACAAGCCAAGAAAUGGUUGGAGCCGAAGAUGAAGAUAUAUAUUCAAAGGAAAUGAUGGAAAUCCCAGACUCUGCUCUCAGCAAGACAUUAGUUGAAUCUCAACCGUCAGAGAAAUCUAUGACUGAGAAAAAAGAAAAUGAUAACCCAGAAGGCCAAGAGGAGAUAGCACGUACUAGCAGUGCUGAAGACUACUUCAUGUCAAGAGCCAUCAGCAGAGACAGGCCGAAAAAGCCCUCUUUUCUUGAUGAACCUUUUUAUUGUAUCAGUGUGAACAAUGAGCUAUCCACAGAUGCCGACAUUCCCAGCAUACCAUUGAAAACCAGAGGAGAUUAAUUGAAAGGGGGAAAUGUGCAUGAAGAGUUAUUUGCUGCUGGCAUAACCAAUCUAACUGACAUUAAACCAGCCAACGUAACCAACGUUGGUAAAUUCUAGUUCCCUGGUUAUUGAUUUACAUAGGACCAUUUCGGAAAUUAUUAUGCACACCUGAACCUAAAAGCUUGUUGUUCAAUAAAAACCUUUGUCUCACAAUGGUU